ACUGAAUUGAAUUGAAAUGAAAUGAACUUUGAAUCUAAGACAGACAGUAGGUGGCCAGGGGGCCCACGCGACGUGUUGGCAGUGAAGGCCCCACCGUGUCGUGACCCCACCGAUCAGCAGAAGAGGUGCAGGUGGGAAAUAGAGCUGCAGGUGGGGAUCGUGACGACACGUGGCGUGAUUAUCAACAGGAACGACACCAACACGGCGUAAAAGAUGGAAAACGCGCUGACCCAGGUGCAGAGCAUUGAGCGAUUGGAGGCUCUGGAAGCCUGGCUGAAAACAACCAACACCAAGUUGACCCAGGUUAACGGACAGAGAAAGUACGGGGGACCACCUGAAGUGUGGAAUGGUCCCACCCCAGGCGAACGCUGUGAGGUCUUCAUCAGCCACAUCCCACGGGACACCUAUGAGGACCUGCUCAUCCCCCUGUUCAGCUCUGUGGGUCCUCUCUGGGAGUUCCGCCUCAUGAUGAACUUCAGUGGCCAGAACCGGGGCUUUGCUUAUGCCAAAUAUGGCACACCAGCCCUUGCAACUGACGCCAUCCACAAACUGAACGGCUACAUGCUGGAGCCCAAGUGCCACCUCUGUGUCCGCCACAGCACAGAGAAGAGACACCUUUGUAUUGAAAACCUGCCGGCUGCCACAAAACCAGAAGACCUGAUGAAGGUGCUGCGUCACCUGGCUCAGGGGGUAGAGAGGGUGUCUCUGAAGACCGGGCCCGGGAUAGAGGGGGUCUCUGCCAUUGUUGCCUUCUCAUCCCAUUAUACUGCGUCUAUGGCCAAGAGGGAUCUUGUGGCAGAUUUCAGGAAACAAUAUUCCAUGGAGAUCUCCAUCAGGUGGGAGCCAGGAGAGAGCCCAAGCACAAACCAGACACAGUGUUCUCAGCAAGCUCCAAAGAUUCAGCCGCAGCCAUGCAACAUGCCCUGUGGCCAGGCUGUCUCACACGCUUUAGCCCCGCCUCAGCGCCUCCCCGUUCCUCCACCCAUGUCCCAGGGGUUUUGCAGAGCAGUGGGGCAACCAGUUGCCCCCCUGCGUCCACAUGCGAGUUACCCCCACUCCUCCUCUUCCCAUUCUCAGCGACACAUGGUGUGUGCAGUGUCACCGGUGGUCCUCCUCCAUAAGGUAUGUGAGGCGAACGGGUUUGGCCAACCGUUCUAUGAGCUACACUACAGUUUGACCAGACCAGAUGGGUUUGUAAGUUUUACCUACAAGGUGCUUAUCCCUGGGAUCAGCACAACCUUCAAAGGGAAGGUCAUGGUCCUGCCAGGACCCAACGUCAUAGCUACGUACAAGGAGGCUGAGAGGGCUGCUGCCCAGCAGCUGCUGGUGAAGGUGUUCAGCAACCAGUUGGCUGUCUGAGCAGUCCAGUUGAUUCCAGCUGCAACAUUCCUGUUUGAUAUCUUUGUUUUACUAAAAAAAAAAAAAGGGGUUUAAUUCUAUGUACUUUUGUUCUUUUCUGCAUGUUUUUAAUAGUGUUACUUGACUUGUGUCCAGUUUGAACAUAAGAAGUUUGUUAUUUGCAUGUUUUUUAUUCUUGCUGUUUUCUGAGUUCCUCAUUUGUAAUUAAAAUGAGAUUUGCUAAAAAAAACCAAAAAAAAAA